GUGAAGUCGAACAAAUGCAAAGGGUACAACUUGUUCCUAAAGAUGUCUUCGAAUAAGGGAGCUACAUUAGAUGAUGCCAUUGAGAAAGAUGGACAGCAACACCAAGGCGCACCACCAGGAUACACUGAAUACCAAACAGAAUAUGCGCAGUAUCAUUCCAAGCAGCAGGUUGGAACAGCUCCUCUUGGUGUUGUAGUUAAUCAGCCCCAGGUAGUGCCAUCUAUGGGUGGUGUCAAUCAAACCGUGAUUAUUCAGCAGGGUGGAGGUAAAACAUGGUCCACUUCCCUAUUCAGCUGUACCAGUGAUAUGAAAUCAUGUUGUUUGGUGACUUGGUGCGGCCCGUGCUACGAGUGUUGGUUCCAUUCUAAAAAUAACGAGUCGUGUUGCACUCCAAUGUGUGUUCCAGGAGCUUCGAUCGCACUCAGGACUAAGAUCAGAACCCAGAAUAAUAUAUUGGGCAGUAUCAUUGACGACUGUUGCAUGGCUUGUUUAUGCGGUCCGUGUACUCUUUGCCAGAUGAAGCGAGAAUAUGACAUUAUUCAGAUGGAGAAAGACGUAACAACUGUUACAACUACACAGAAUUACUAAUGAAUCAAGCAUCACUAAUGUUACUGUAACAAACACUCGUACGACAGGGGAUAAAUCUAGAUAAACCACGUUCAUUUACUUGGGAGCGUAUUUACCUUCGUGCACAUGGUCAAACAUUAUAUCUAAUGAUUUGAGACACAUAGCACAGUAAUUUGAUGGUCUGGAACAGGAAUUACGUGCAAAAUCGAAUCAUGGAUCACAAUACUACUUUUACUUUAUGAAUAUGAUGAAAAUGGUGGACUUGUCUCCAAGUUCAAAUUAUUUAACUGGUAUUAAUAAAGUUCAAAGAAAUUGAUAAAAUAUCUAUGAAAAAAUAAUUAACUAAAUUAUCUCUUCUAGAGAAAUUCCUCUUCUCAAUGUCCUACACGUUACAUCCAUUUGGAAGUUUAACUUAUAUCUUUACUACAAAUGUACAAGUUUUGGAAAAAUACAAUUACUGGACGAACAAAGCAAAUAUAACUCAUCCAAUCUAGCCUAGUGCCAUAAUAAUAAAUAAAUAGAUACGAAUAAAAAUAAACGAAAUAAAUAUAUUCUUAUUGGUAUAGAAUUUUAGGUCAUG